AUGAUAUCCAGUCUCUUCCGACCAGCAUCACCAUCACAGAAUGCCCCGACAUACUUCGAUAUCAGACUCGACACCAAUGUGAUAUGGCUCCCAGGAGACGACAUACCAACCGGGUACUGCCAUCUAACAAGCAAGGUCAUAUUAUGUCUCAACCAGCCCCUCUGCAUCAAAGAUCUGAAACUCCACUUUGAGGGGUGGCGCUACCUCAAAUGGAAUCCCCAUUUCUCAUACUUCGAAACCCAUCACCAGAAAUCAACCCUCUGGGAACGACUUUUCAUGCGUCAAACAUGGAACUUUCUCCAAUGCUCAAAGACAUCUACAUCCACUACCCUCCCACCCGGUAAUCACGAAUUCCCAUUCCACUUCUGCCUUUCAAGCAAGACAUCAGACUCCGUUCAAGGCCUAAACGACUGCUCCAUCAGAUACAACCUGAAAGCGCAAAUCCGCACCCUCAAAGACAGUACCUUCGACACUGCGAAGCAUAUCACCGUAUGCAGAAUCCACAGAUCACUGCUAUUCCCUGAACCAAAAAUCCUUCAAAACAUCUGGCCCGAUAAAAUCAUCUACCGCGCCCAAUCACCCUCCACGACAUAUACAUUCAACGGCACCAUCCCUCUCACCUUCCACUUCGUGCCCCUCCGUAAAGGUCUCAAGAUAGCAAGUAUCCACACCCAGGUCAUUGAAACACACAAAGCCAUUCAACCAUCUCUCAGCACCCGAUCGCGCAUCAUCAUACAGGACGACUUCAACGUUCCAUCUUGUGAUGAACUUGAAACAACAUCCGACGACGAAGGCUACUGGCACCAUCUCAACCGUCUACUUCGGCUCCCGAAAGGAUUGAGAAAAUGCGUGCAAAGUACAGCGAAUAGUUUCCUGCGUGUUGAUCACGAGCUGGAGAUUCAGAUCCGAUUGGUGAAUCCUGAUGGACAUGAGUCUUCGAUUAACUUAACAUGGCCGAUAUUCAUUUAUUUCCCGUUACCCCAGGAGCUGGGGGACGGGUAUGCAUCAUCACUUAUCAAAGCUUUGCGAAUGGUGGAUGAGACGCUGGAUCUUUCGCUUCCGAAUUAUAAUGAUCAUGUUUUGGACCGUAUGCCGGAUGAUGUACCUGAUGGAUUGGGUUGUCGUGGUUAUGGUUUGUGA